AUGAGCCGUCAAUCUUUGUCACCAAAAAGAGGUCAGAGCACAGCGGCGCUUAAUUCUUAUGGAAAUGUACAGGUAAGUCGUUUUUAACUGAUAAUUGUUUAGAAUAACGGAUAUGAUGAUUUUUUUUGUGAGGCGAAAGAUUUGAUGUUUUUUUAAGUGUUACUGUUAGAUAAGUGCUUAUUUUUUGAUUUUAUUGUUGUUUUUGUCGAAGGUUUACAUUUUUUAAUUUUACAGUUGGUUAUAUAAAUUGUAAUGUCUUUUAGGGAGAAGACCAGCCUGGAGACAGAUCGCCACGGAAACGAAGGGAUACGGAGACGAUGAGCAAGGUAAGAACUUCUAUUUACAUUAUCAUUUGUUUAGACGAACGUUUAUAUCCGAGGACUGCCGCCGUCUUGUGUCCCUGCCGAUCUUUUUGCCAUGUGCCAACAUUACGGUGAGAUCACGUCGACCAAAGCUGUUGUUGAUCAAGAAACGAAACGAUGCAAAGGUUAUGGAUUUGUGGCCUUCACUUCGCCUGAAUCCGCUGACCGAGCCAUGGAAGGAAUUAACAACGAAGGAAAAUACCAAGCUCAGAUGGCCAAGGAGAUUAAACCACGACCUGAGAAGGUAGGGUACCCCGAUUUUGGUAUUCCCGGUGAACAGGUACGCUUUUUAAUUUUAGUGAUGCAACUUAUUUGGCAGAAGUACUUGUUCGGUAUUUAUGUUUACUUAUUUUCAUGUUAUGCCUUUAGUAUAAUGUAUAUACCUGCUGUGGUAAUAGAAAAUUACAAUCUAUCUUUUCAGCCGUUUUCCCAUGUUGAACAGGACCCCACCAACUUGUACAUUGCGAACCUGCCAAAAGAAUUUGACGAAGAAAGUAUUAAGAACCUGUUCACUCCUCAUGGAAUGGUAAUCAGUACCAGGGUCCUUCGGUUCGACGAUGGAUCUAGUAGAUGUGUUGGAUUUGCUCGGAUGGAGAGCAAAGAUGCUUGUGAAUAUAUUAUUAACGUACGUUUCCGGUUUUAUGAUUGUUUUUGCUGCUUUUAGGUGUAACACAUUGUUAGAAAUGUCUUUGAAGAUUAUGUUUGUAGCUUUGUUUACAGAAGUUAAUUAACAUGCACUUUGCUUUUUAAAAGGUUUUUUUGCUUAAUAUUAUGUCGAAACGACAUGUUGUUUUAGAAUUAUCAUGGUAAGCCUCUAGAAGGCUACACAGAGAAUCUUGUUGUGAAGUUGGCUGAUUCUGGCACUCGCCGUAAGCAGGGGAGCAGCAAUCCCCAAAGCUCUGUUAUGGGAGAUCAGGUACUGUUGUAGAUUGUAAAAACUAUUUUUUUGCUUAAUGUUUAUUUUCUUUAUUGGUAUACAACUUUAAAUUAUAAUUUUUAGCCUGGAAUCGGUCAUUGGCAGCCAACCUCUCCGUACAACUCGUUCGGCGAAGAAGAACAAACUUUCUACCCACCCAACGGCGUAACUGGCGUAACCUACAGUCCACAAGGAUCACUUCUUCCUCUUUACCAGGUAUUUGACCAAUCUUCCGGUACUUAUAUACCAUAUUCUCCACCCUUCCAGAUGGGCGGCGUGUAUCAACAAGGCGCCGUUAGCUCCAUUAAUCAACCGGGCACGCCUUCUCGUUCUCAAGUAUCUAACUCAGGUCAACAAGUCGUAUACUCACCCCCUCAGAAUGUGGACUACUACAACAAGAAUCAAGCCCAGUCGCCAGUAUUCAACCCGCCGUUUUAUCCCUACGGAUAUCCAGGACAAAUGGUUCCGCCGAAUCAACAAGAUCCUCAAUAUUAUCAGAACUUCCAGGGUCCUGAGGUGGGUUGAUAAGGUUCUGCAAAAUUUUUCAUUUUUAAUGUUUCUUCAUUUACUAAAGUUCAUAAAACUUUGUUGUAUUGUACUUUGCUUUAUAGAAGUUUACUUUUUGUUUUUCAGGCUGCCAACCCGGCUCCUGGUGGAGGAGCAUACAUGCAAAACCCUCAGUACGUCAUGGACAACAACGGCCAACCAGUUCCAGUUGUUUACGGCCAGAAUCCUCACCAACAACUAAUGAUGCACAACCCACAAGUUGCGAACCCGCAACUGCACCCUCAGCAGCAGCAACAGAUGCAGCAGCCACUGCCCAACGAUGGCGCCGGCCUGGAACAGGAAGUGGCCGCUCUCAACAUUAACCAAGACAGGGCCCCGGAGGCACAGUCGUGA